AUGGCUCAUCACCGCAAAUUGCUUAAUGUGGCUCAUAUCCUUUACGAAUUCCCUACAGCAACAAAGCAACUAGUCCUGGACACCCUAUUCACUAGCGAGUUCCUUCUUCAUGGUCUGACUGGUAUCGUUGGCAUCGUCGCGAAUCUGAUUGGAGGUGUCUCAAAGCUACCGCUCGUCAAAUUCAUCGACCUUGUUGGUCGUCCACAUGGGUUCUUCAUCUGCCUCGUCUACGUUCUCCUAUCCCUCAUCAUGAUGGGCGUGUGUCGGAACGUGCAAACCUACGCCGCCGCGCAAGUCUUCUACUGGACUGUCCUUGAUGUCUUCAUUGCCGAUACUUCCAAGCUUGGGAACCGUGCUAUCUGGCUGGCUUUCACGUCGACACCAUACAUUGUCAUUACUUUUACCGGACCUGAGCUUGGUCAGCGCUUCCUCGACAAUUCGAAAUGGCGCUGGGGCUAUGGCGCUUUCACAAUCAUUACGCCCUUUAUGUGUAUUCCUUUCUGGUUCAUCUUCUUUCUGAUGAGCAGGUGUGCUACGCAGCAGGGUGUUGUUGUCAAAGAGAAGAGCGGGCUGACUAUAUUGCAGUCUGUCAAGCGUUGCUGCAUUGAGUUUGACGUUAUUGGAAUACUUCUGAUCUGCGGCGGCUUCUCCAUCUUUCUCCUACCUUUCAGCCUUGCAGCCUACCAAGGCGAAGGCUGGCGAGCACCCAUGAUCAUUUGCAUGGUCGUCUUCGGUAUGCUUCUGCUAGUGCUCUUCGGGGUAUGGGAGCGUUUCUGGGCGCCGAAGACAUUCUUCCCUUUUCAUCUCCUCACCGACCGUUCCGUCGUUGCAGCCUGCUUCCUCGGCGCCAACUCAUGGAUCGCGUUCUACUCUUACAAAAUGUACUACUCGUCCUAUCUGCCGCAGGAGCUAAAAGCUCAGAGACCGGCCAUCUAUGCGAGUCGUGUGACCCAGCUUAGUUACCCGUGGGAUAGCCCAGAGCGACAGGCGGUUGUGAGGGCGUACAGGGAUGCGCAAAGACUGAUGGUCAUUGUUAGGACUUGUGCGCUUGUACCCUACAUCCUGUGGGUUGCUAUAUUGAAGGAAUAUGAGCUGAGCGAGAGGGGCGCGAGGAAGGGGCUGCUCAUAUAA